GUGACGUUGCUUCUGGCGCAUGGCUGUGGUGGUUAAGCGCGUCUCCUACUAAAUGGCUCCACUGGGAAGCCAGAACACGCCAAACUCGUGACGAGUAGACACAGCGCGCACAGCUCACUUCAAGCGGAGACGGGAGGGAAGAUUCAUGUGUUUUAACUUCAAGGACAUUUGAUCGCACUCUAAUAUUUAUAUAUAGGCCUAAGGGCACGGUUGGUGUCGUUGCCGAUUCUUCGCUGCAGGUUGCUCUAAUUAGGACGGCAUGCUGUCGCCGCUGCGGACCCUGCUCCUCAUCUCGGUGCUGUGCGCGCGGAGCAGCAGCCUGUGUCUGCGCCUCUCCCACCGCGGCUCGGACGUCCUGUGCCCCCGCGAGCACAACCAGGACUUUUCCGGGGACCCGCGGGGCGGCGCGCAGGCUCCAAACUACCUGCCCGCCCCGGACCAAUGGGGCUCUCUUUUCAGGGGCUCGGGGUUCCUCUCCUCCGCCGACUCGAGGGCGAAAAGGAUCUCUAACGGCCAGCCAAACUACAGGAUCCUCAGUCAGACUAAGCUGCGGAGCAAGAUCCUCCAGAACAGCGGUCGGAGCGACCGGAGGAGCAAGUUCACGCUGUCGUUGGACGUGCCGACCAACAUUAUGAACAUCCUUUUCGACAUCGCCAAAGCCAAGAACAUGCGCGCCAAGGCGGCGGACAACGCGCGCCUUUUGGCGCAGAUCGGACGCAAGUGACCGCGCGGCGUCGGUGCCGCACGAACUCAACGCACCGAUGCGGGAAGAUCUUUUGAAAAAGCGACGGCGGUGUUAGAUUUUGACUAACACGGUUAUUAAAUUAUAUAUUGCACCCCCAUAUUGACGACUUAAUUUUACUUCCAAAACGUUGGAGUUGAGAGAACGCGUUGAACGGAUGAGGUGUUUCUGAAUCUCUCAGUCUGCAUUGUUUAUCAAAUAGGCCUUAAAGACUUCAUUAUCAAAAUGAAAUAUUGCAUGUAGGCCUAUGUCAAGCUGUCUUAGACUACUUGUGCUGAUUUCAUUUUUAUUAUAAAGAUGUUAAAGAUUUGAUGGGGUGAGAAAAUCGAAUAAAGCCUAUAUUAGCAUAUGAAUUACUUCAAUUUAUAUUUAAAAAAAAAGCAAACAUGCAAUGACACUAUUAAACAAUUGAGACAUGCAUGCGUGUGUGCGUUUAUCAGAUGUCUGUUAUUUUUGUACUCAAAUGAUUAUUUUACUGAAAUAAAGCAGAUGACAGAAACGACCUGUUAUUUUCAUCAAAUAUCUAUAAGUUGAACAACGUGCUUUGCGGGGACCUUUCCCAUUGGUCCGUGGUAACUAAGGACCACCUGAAGCUGGUUCCACCUUAGCAACCCAGUCGGCCCAUCGUGUGGGGGGAUGUCUGAUGUGUCAAAG